UUAUCGGGUAUCGGCUACUUAUCGUAGCUGACUAAGUCAAUAUUUUGUGGGUGCGGAACCCGAGCUUUUUGCAUGAACCAAAAGCCCGCGCUACCAAAACUUCCCCGGGAGAACGACAACGGUCUAAACGGCGGCCUAACGACGUCUGCAGUCAUGAGGAUCGCUCAAUUGCAGCGGCCCAUAGUGGCGGCCGCUUCCGGUAUAUCGAGAGCAGCACCUAAUACCACGAUACGACAACUACGAGACGUAUUCGGACAACUAAGGAUAGGAGCCAACAAUGCGGCGGUAGAAGGUCGAAGAAAUGCUACGGUCAAGUCGCAGGGAGCAUACAAGUUACGAGACUCGAGUACAAUUCCGAAGAAGCUAGGCGCGAAGAAGAGUGGUGACUCCUAUGUAAUCACCGGAAACAUCAUCUACAAGCAACGCGGUACGAAAUGGUUCGCAGGCGAGAACUGCGGCAUGGGCCGAGAUCACACUAUCUUCGCCCUGACUUCGGGCUACGUCAAGUAUUACCGAGAUCCCGCGCGGCACCCGAAGCGACAGUAUAUCGGAGUUGUAUUCAACAAAGAAGAUACGCUACCGUACCCCACACACGCGAUGCGCCGUCGCCGCCUCAACAUGAUCGCAGCCCCUAUCCCACCCCCGCAACCAGAGCCCGCUCUCUCCGCCUCCGGUAUCCCGACGCAGGUCGUACGCCAGGGUUACGGCCGCAAGCCCCAUCCGCGUGACGAGCGCGUGAUCAAGUUAAGGGAUGACGGUACUUACGCCUACGCAGAAGAGAGUUGGCGUCUGGGUACAUUAAUUCGUACCGAGAAGCGCAAGAUGGGUAGCCGAAGAGUAGCCAUGAAGCACCGUCGCAGACGGGCGAAGGCUAUCGCGCUGGAGAUGCGGGCUGAGCGUGAGGAUAAGAUUGCGCGACGUAAGGAGGCGUUGGAUGCGCAGCGCGCCGCGAAGGCGAAGCGUAUGAAGGAGUAUAGGGCUCGUAGGGCGGCGGAGGCGGCGAAUCAGAAGGCAUCUGGGCCGGGUGGUCAGAUGCCGCCUCCGGGAGCGGGAGGAGAGACGGAUCCGCCCAGGGUAGAGGCAUAGAGACUGAAGUAUAUAAUUUACUUGAGAGGUUAUCUGCCAUGCUUCGGCAAAGAGAACAAGGCGGACAAGUCUUUUCUGUAUUUCUUCGUCGAAUACCUAGUCAUAUAGGAGGCGGAUUACUAUAACUCUGGACUCACUCCAGUUUCACUACCCUCUUGCUAUGCGCUAUGCAAGCCAGCUCCAUGAUGUAUCAUUACUAAGUACAUAACUACCUACAUUAUAAAGAACCAUUGUACAAGAAA